UUUUUCCGCCCCUUCUCCACUCGUAGUGUUUGCGCCAACCGCAGCUGCAGCAGCAGCAGACUGAAUGAGGAGUCUCUGCAGGCUGCUGUGGCCGCACGGAGGACACUGCGCUGGCUAUAACCCGAGAUGCCAGGGACGUACAGCCAGAAUGCAUCAGUAUUUCUCAGCUCCUCGUAAGGCGGAUUGUCUGAGCCUCGCCGCGUCCCUUCCAGCCCACCUUCCAGCAGCCCGGGGGCCCUGAGGAACCCUCCUCUCCGCCUUGAUGGUAUCUGGAGAGAGGCGCACCGCUCCAGCGACUGGCAGCUCAGCUCUGUGGGCUUCUGAUUAGGACCUUGAGGUGGAGCGGGAGGAGGAGGAGGAGGGAGGCGGUCAAGAUGGCAGCUGUGCACGGGGUGAUGGAGCUGUGAUGCGGGGGGGCUCGUUUCCUCUUGCCACUCGGGACGGGAGUGCGGGACGCGCGUAAGGGAACGCCGCUCGGAUUCCUUUAAGACUCCGCGCUGCCUUGCUCGCGUCUUUCUCUCCAGAUUUAGCUGGGCUGCGGCGCACGCUGGUCAGGGUGUGGGCUGUGCACGACAAAAGGCGAUGUUUUGUUGAGGCUGGUCAGCGCAGUGGGCUCUGUGUGUGCUGCGGAUCGAGGCUGAUAGGCAGGCGGACACGUGUCGGGACUGGGCUGCGGGGCCAGAUUUGCAUACCGCGUUGCAUAGUAAAUAAACUGCCCCCCCCCCCCCCCCCCCCCAAAAAAAAAAAAAGCCAGCACACAACAUUGAUGGAAUGCGAGCCGAGUGAUUUGGAGAUCUCCUGCGCCGCGACCGAGACAUUGCAAUUAACAUGGCCGAGGCGGCGCUCAACCGCGACGAGCCCCCCUCCAACGUUGAGAUAGAUCCGGACUUCGAGCCCCAGAAGCGGCCGCGGUCCUGCACCUGGCCGCUGCCCCGUCCGGAGUCCGGAGCGGGCAAGCCCGGGGCGAAUGACGCUGACGUAAUCCCCGAGGAGGAGGACGACGAGGGUGCGAGCGCGGAGAGCGGCUCUGCGCAGAAAGACGGCGGCUCGGCCGAAGAGCCGAGGAGCGGCGGCGGCGGCUCCAUCUCCCGGCCGGUGGCGGUCCAGCGCGGCCCCUGCAGGGAGGAGGCCGCCGACGGAUCCCCUUCCUCCGCACACAUCCCCGGAGCGGCUCUCUGCGGCUCCGCUUCCCAGCAGCUGAGGAAGUCCUCCGCCCGCAGGAACGCCUGGGGCAACUACUCCUAUGCAGACCUCAUUACCCAGGCGAUCGAGAGCUCCCCGGAGAAGAGGCUGACCUUGUCCCAGAUCUAUGACUGGAUGGUGAGGUCUGUGCCAUAUUUCAAGGACAAAGGCGACAGCAACAGCUCUGCUGGCUGGAAGAAUUCCAUCCGACACAAUCUGUCCCUCCAUAGCCGCUUUGUGAAAGUCCAGAAUGAAGGAACCGGGAAAAGCUCCUGGUGGAUGGUCAACCCAGAAGGCGGGAAGGGAGGCAAAGCUCCCCGCCGCCGGGCCGUGUCCAUGGACAACAGUAAGUACAUCAAGGGGGCCCGAGGACGGGCCACCAAGAAGAAGGCCUCCCUGCAGGCCGCACAGGACGGCAGCUCUGAGAGCUCGUCCAGCCUCUCCAAAUGGACCGGGAGCCCGACGUCCCGCAGCAGCGACGAGCUGGACGCCUGGACGGACUUCCGCUCCCGGACCAAUUCCAACGCCAGCACGCUCAGCGGCCGUCUGUCCCCGAUCCUGGCUAACCUGGAGCUGGACGAGGUGCCCGACGACGACUCGCCCCUCUCCCCCAUGCUGUACUCCAGCCCCAGCAGCAUGUCCCCGUCCACGGGGCCCACGGGACUCUCCGACCUGGCCGGCACAAUGAACCUCAACGACGGGCUUUCGGACAACCUGAUGGAUGACCUUUUGGACAACAUCAGCCUGACGGCCACCCAGCAGCCUCCUCCUGGAGAGGAAGACCCCGGGGCCAUCAGUCAGGGCGGCUCGGUGUUUACCUUCAGCUGCUCCGGUAGCGGGCUGGCCAGCCCCUCUGGAAGCUACGGGCCGAACCCCCUCUUCAGCCCCACGUCCAUCACGAGCCUGCGGCAGUCACCUAUGCAGACCAUCCAGGAGAACAAGCAGACCACCUUCACCUCCGUCUCGCAUUUUGGCGACCACCAGACCCUGCAGGACCUGCUGAGCCUGGACUCCCACAGCCACAACAACGUCAUGCUCACCCAGUCCGAUCCCCUGAUGUCGCAGGCCAGCACCGCCAUCGCCCUGCAGAACUCCCGCCGGAACGCUAUGCUGCUCCGCAAGGACCCCAUGAUGGCGAACGCCGGCGGCGCGGGCCAGGCCCAGAGCGCUUCAGGGCCCGGUUGGCAAGCCGGCUUGUCAACCCCCGACAACGACGGAGGCGGCCAGGCGGACGCCAAGCCGCCGCACCUGAAGUCUCCCGGCAAGAACGCCUCGGUGCCGGACCGCUUCCCCGGGGACCUGGACCUGGACGUGUUCAACGGCAGCCUGGAGUGCGACAUGGACUCGAUCAUCCGCAACGAGCUGAUGGAAGCGGACUGCCUGGACCUGAGCUUCGACGCCAGCUCCGCCCAGAAUGCGAACAGGAACUCGGGAAGCUUCUCCGGCUCCAAACAGACAUCCCCUCAGAGCUGGGUGCCGAGCUGAGGAGCAGCCGAGCGAGGGGGGGGAGGGGGAGGAUGUAAAUUUGGGUUCAUCGUCCUGCAUUGUGCACCUAGAAGGGGAAACAAAGUGUAUUUAUGUAGUAUUUUCUUCCAAUGUUUUUAAUGUGAGGCAUUUAGUUUAGUGCGGUACUGUAUUUUAAGUGUCUGAGACACACAGCGGUGUCUUCGCAGCGAAGAAGAAGAAUGAAAAAAAAAAAUAAGCGAUCAACGCCAGGAGGCUGGGAGGAACAGCGUUGACGUAAAUCUCUACGGAAAGCAUCAACUCAUGUUAGUCUCAGGGAAUCACUCAUAUCACCAAGUGAUAGGUGAAACUGAAGAUGAAUUGUGUUUUCCACCUGCUUUCUCUCCCCUUUUCACCUCCUUUCACACGUACACCAACAGUUUUUGCCAAACCAGCCGUCCGCCUCCUGCCGACGGCCUGUUUACAAGAAGGAGAAGGGGAAAAAAAAAAAAAAAAAAGCUGCGGAGAAUGUUACAUUAUUACUUUCAAGUGGAGAAUACUUGAUAACGCUUUAUUUCCUAAGCUUUCCUCCAGAGACAUUCCCAGAAUGGGCUGUAAGUUUGAAAGUUUAACCCCCUAACCCCCCGUUAAGGGAUAAAAUCUUAUCAAGACGGAAACAGGUCUGCGUUGUGUGGGUUUUUUGUACUUUUUUUUUUUUUUUUUUGUAACAUUACUGUGAAUUAUUUUCCUCCUGGAGAGGCUCAUCACUGCAGCAGAUCCCUGUUCACCGUUUUCCAUCCUCCUCGGAAGUGAUCCUCCAUCUUUAGGACAGGGACCGAGGAAAGGGGGGGAAAAAACCCGACCGUCUGCAUUUGCAAACACAGCUAUUAGAAUCAGCGUAACCACUUUUAGACACCCUAAAGCCCUUGGUUACAACAUGCCAGUGUUGUAUUGGAAGGAGUUCUUGGUGCUAUUUCACUGAAGAUGGCAGGGAGUGGCUGCAGAUGGAGCAGCCGCUCGCUCGUUAUCAGCACUACACCGGGUGCUCGGGGAAAAUGGUUUCUACCCUGCGAGACGAGGGUGUGUAUAGUUUUAGCGUGUCUUCUUUGCCAAUGAGAGAAAGAAGGAACCACAGUAUUUAUAAUAUUGCCAAACUUUCUGCAUAUGAUUAAGUGGAUAUAUGAGAAACUACAGUGAAUUCAAAUAAAAAUUCAGUGUUCUUAAAUGA